GGGAGGUAUCAGCUCCAGGAAAUGUGCCUUGGCAGCAGUCGGACGGGCGCUUCUCCGCAGGUCGGUGCGCUCCGCUCCAGAGUCGUCCACGGGGCCGCGGCUCGCUCCCCAGCCCGGGCACUUCUGGGGGAGGCCAAACCGGGGAGGCAACAACUGCCGCAGGACCCCCCUGAAGCGCUGGCUGCGGACGCAUCUCCCGCCGGUUCCCCGCAGGAAGGCAUCGCCCCGGCCGCCCCAGGCGGGCGGCGCGGCCCCUUCGCCCAGCCCGGCUCCCCACCAUGCUGGACGGGCUGAAGAUGGAGGAGAGUUUACAGAGUGCCCUGGACCCCGCGGCUCCCUUCUCCUCCCUGCUGGGCAGAGCCGCGACCCCCAGGUCGGUGUGCGAAGGGUGCCAGCGAGUCAUUUCGGACCGGUUCCUGCUGCGUCUCAACGACAGCCUGUGGCAUGAACAGUGCGUUCAGUGUGCGUCCUGCAAGGAGCCCCUGCAGACCACUUGCUUCUACCGCGACAAGAAACUCUACUGCAAGCUGGACUAUGAGAAGUAGGUGACCCUCU